CGCCCUCCCAGGCAGCUGGUCCCGGUCGCGGUCUGGGGCGGUUUCCCAAACUGGGAAAUAGUUCCCUGAGUGAAAGGAGGGGAGGAGCUUAGGUGGGCCGUGCUGGCCGGGCGGGGAAGUAGGCUUUCCCUGAGACGGGCCUGGCUGGGCCGGCCAGGCAAGGAGGCAGUGGGGGAAAGUCCUGCUGGGUGACAGUGGGCAGGGCGAGGCGGAAGCAGCGGGACUUAGCAGGGAGAAUCACUUCUUGGCCUGUUGGCUAAGGUCAAGUGUAGAGAGCAGGGGAGCAGCCCUCCCUCUCUGCCCAGCUGCCUUGGUCUCUGGGUUGAGGCUGCAGGUGGUGGGAGCUUUGAGGGUGCAGCCGAUGGGCUGGUGUGGACGACACCGGGUGGCAGAAUGCAGCUCCCAGUCAUCCCCAAAUUGUCCCCACCUGAGGUGGUGUCUUUUUGCGAAGUUAGCUAAGAGAGUGUCAUUCUGCUGGGUGUCUGGCCCAGGACUCUAAGGAAAUGACAACCUGAAGAUGGUGUGGCCAGAGCCACCUUCCUGGGGCAUAUGGGUGAUUCCUGGGAGGGGUUUGUAACUAGGUUAGGCUGACCCUGUGGUUUGCCCUCAGGAUGGCUCCCCCAGCUCGCACGCUCUCACUAGCCCCUGGGCUUGUAGAUGCCAGAUGUUUUAGCACUUCAGCUGACCUCUGGGCUGGAAUUUUAUGCCCUUGGAAUAUGCAGUGUCCUGGGGAGGUGUUUCCUUAAGCCUUCUCAGUCAUUUAGGCCUCAGUGGAAAUGAAGUUUUAGAUUCUUUUCAAAGAGUGACUUUUGGUAUCUGAAGGCUCCUGGAGGAGGUGGGUGUGGAGGGCAGGCAAGAGUGAGACCCACCUGCCCCCGGCAGGGUGCCAGAGUGUCAAAGCCACACCUAGCCUGGAGUCUGGCUGCUGGGGUCUGCAGACCAGGACAAAGGAGCAAAGCAGGCAGGCAGGCUGGCCUCCUGCCUAGUGUCCAUGCCCCAGCACAAGGGGAUGGAGCUGCCCAAAUCUCCUUCCCUUCCUUCUCUAAGCCCGAGUGCCUCCUCCAUGAGGUGGGCUCUGCCUCGGGGGUAGAAGAGGGUGAAGAAUGACAGGGCCCCGGCCCUCAGUACCAGGAGGUGGGCUGAGGUGGGAGGCCACCUUCUUGAUGCAGCUUGUGGGAUCCCCUUCCUUUGACUUCAGGAGGUGCCCUGGGCUUCCCUCCCAGCCAUCCUCGUCUCUGCCUGGGCAGUGUGAAUCCCUGGGUUGCAGAGGCCAGGCCAGGAGGCUGGAGGCCCUGGCUUGCUUAGCCAUACCCCUCCCCCACCACACACCCACGCACACACACCUUUGAUUAGGAGGCGACUGGCUGCACUUGUGCUGAGUUCAGGCCUUCUGCGCAGGGCGAAAUCUGUCGAGGAGGCACUUUUCAGCUCCCAGCCGCCUCACUCGGCACUUUUCUGUGUGAUCUCUUCAGGAAGUCACCAUUAUAUCAUUGUGCAUAGCAGUUGGGUGGGGGGAUUAUGGAGGGGAGGGAGCCAGAGCCAGAGGAGGUCCCUCCACCCAGCCUUGUUGUGCUCAAGGCUGGGGAGCCCCUCGGCGGUUGGCUUUGAGGGCUGGCUCUUGCAGCAGGCAUGGGGCCAGCUUGCAGGAAAGACACCUCCAGAGGACCUUCUCACCUCCAGCUUGGGUCUUCCUCUUCCUUUGAUCUGGAAGAAUCUGGUGGCUGGAGCCUUGGGGUAUUGUGUCUGAGGCUCCUGGUGGUCUGGCAGUGGGGAGAUGUCUCUGGCUUCCUUCCCUACUCUUUGCCCAUAGCCCACCUCCUGGUACAAGGCUGGGUGAGGUGGAGUCUCUACCUGGUGGGAACAUAGGCUUCCACCUGGCCAGCCCACACUUCAGCGCAGCUGAUGAGGGACAACCCUCCACCCUAGGCCAGAAUUGCUUGAAGUCCUCAGCUCCUCAGGAGGGGACUGCAGUGUGUCUUGUCUUCCAGCCACUUUCCUGCCUGCCUCUAACCUGGAAAGGAGGGGAGGAGUCUUUGCCCUAUGGUCUAGUGGGGACUGGACUGAGCCUAUAGACCCAGAUGGGUUUCUGGGAGGAGGUGUCCUUACAGGGCUUCAGAAAGCAGAAUGUGAGGUUGGGGGCUGGAGGGGUAACUGAGCGGGUGGCAGUUGGCUGGCUGGGCUGGCCUCCCAGCCCUUUUGUUUUUGUUCCUUGGCCCUGUGGGCACGGAGCUGGACAGGGCCAGAGCACAGUCAGUGACCAGAGGGGCUGACCACCCCUGCCUCCAGCUGAGCAGGCCCAGGGGCUAGUUGUGGGCCCUUGUGAAACACCCUGGGAGGGGUGGGGCAGGGUGCAAGAUGCUGCAACCCAGUGUGGCAGGAUGGUUACUCCAUCAGUGGAGGAGGUGGACAGAGAGGGCUGGAGGGGCCUCGGGCCAGACUCCUCCUAGCUGGAUUGCCUGCUACUUCCAAGGAGUGCCUGCUUGCUGUGCCCCCGGGUUAUGACGACCCCCAAUAAAGGAAACAAGGCCUUGAAGGUGAAGCGGGAGCCGGGUGAGAAUGGCACCAGCCUGACGGACGAGGAGCUGGUGACCAUGUCGGUGCGGGAGCUGAACCAGCACCUGCGGGGCCUGUCCAAGGAGGAGAUCAUCCAACUGAAGCAGCGCAGGCGCACGCUCAAGAACCGCGGCUACGCCGCCAGCUGCCGUGUGAAGCGGGUGACCCAGAAGGAGGAGCUGGAGAAGCAGAAGGCGGAGCUGCAGCAGGAGGUGGAGAAGCUGGCCUCCGAGAACGCCAGCAUGAAGCUGGAGCUCGACGCCCUGCGCUCCAAGUACGAGGCCCUGCAGAACUUCGCCAGGACCGUGGCCCGCAGCCCUGUGGCACCGGCCCGGGGCCCCCUUGCUGCUGGCCUGGGGCCCCUUGUCCCUGGCAAGGUGGCCGCCACCAGUGUCAUCACAAUAGUAAAGUCCAAGACGGACGCCCGGUCGUAGGGAUGCGCGGCGUGUUUGCCCAGGCGGGUCUUCGAGGGGCCACUAGGCGCAUGGUGAAUUCGGCAGCCCCAUCUCUCUUUCCCUUCACUUCUCUUCUCUUUCCUUCCCUUCUCCCCUCCCACCCUCGCCCUUCCCCCUCCUUCAUUCCCUGCAAAGCACAACCUGCACCCCAGGGGCACUGGGCUGAGCCCCUUUGAUCUAGUUGUCGUCAUGUGUUUUGUACGUUGGGAUUGGUCAGUUUGGCGGUGACGUGGGGUCGCCCCUAACCCCUUUGUACCAAGGCCAUGCAGGCUUGGAGCCCAGAGUGGCACUGUGAGAAUGGAGGAGCAAGUGCUCGCACAACUGAGCAAGCCCCCGGCCUUUCGUGUCCCUGAGUGGGGAGGGCUCCUGUCUGCCCUCCACGCUCGGGUGGCUGCUGGGCUGAGAGGGGGCAGGCAGCUCAGCCCAGCCGAAAGAGAUGGGCUCUGCUCUGAAGAGUAGGGUGUCUGUGAGUUCCCUGAGUGGGUGUGCCACCAGCCUGGGUGCAGCUGGUGCUGGGGGUGUGUGGGGCUCGGGGCCAGGGGCCACGGCACUUGAGCCUGACCCGUUGUGCUGAACGAGACCAAAUCACUGGUUGUGAGCUUACGUGAAGGGUGUGUCCCGUGUGUCCUGCGAUGGGUCCCGUGUCACUGUUUACAUGACCUAUUUGUGUGGUUAUAUAGCCCUUUAUUUAAAAGAGAGAAGUUCCUUUUACGAAGUUAUUAAAUUAUAUGUUUAAAAGCUAAAGGAAGAAAAGAGCUGCAGAGUAUUUAUAAAACUGUCUUUUAAAAAAAAAAAAAAAGAACAAGCAAGAAGAACAUUUGACCAUAUAAAUGGAAAAGGGAAGAAAGUAUAUUAGAAACUUUGCUAGUU